AUGAGUGGGUUUUUUUCCUCCUCAGAAAGAGCCAGGCAAGUACUGAAGGUUUCAAAGAGAAGAGUUUCAACCUCCGUUUCCAGUGCAGAAGCUGCUGACCUGCGCUGUACUCUCAGAGACAGUGUAGACCCCACAAAGGCAGUGAUCACUUUGCAGCCACCACGGGCCAGCGUGUUCUAAGAGGAAACUGUAAUAUUACAGUGUGUGGGGCCGCAUGUGCCUGGGAACAGCGCCACACAGUGGUUUCUCAACGGUACAGCCACUCAGACCUCGACCCCCAGCUACAGCAUCAUCUCUGCCAGUGUCAACGACAGUGGUGAAUACAGGUGCCAGACAGGUCUCUCAGUGCUAAGUGACCCCGUGCAGCUGGAAGUCCACAGAGACUGGCUACUACUCCAGGUCUCCAGCAGAGUCUUCAUGGAAGGAGAGCCUCUGGCAUUGAGGUGUCAUGCAUGGAAGAAUAAGCUGGUGUACAAUGUGUUUUACUAUCAAAAUGGCAAAGUCCUCAAGUCUUUCCCCGGGAACUCUAAUCUCACCAUUCCGAAAACCAACAUAAGUCACAAUGGAAUCUACCAUUGCUCAGGCAUGGGACGGCAUCGCUACACAUCAGCAAGAGUACCUGUCACUGUGAAAGGUAUUGUAUCGGAAUAGUCAUAGAACUGAUAGUCCCUCCCUCCGAGGGACCAUCAUAAAUAAUCUAAACUCCUCACUUUCAUUUACAAGCGAAGAAACUGAGCUCCAGAGAAGUCAACUGCCUAACUAAAGGCCUCACCAUGACCAGUGGCUGGGAUGGAACCAAAACUGAGGUCUCUGGGUCCCAGUCCAUUGCUCUUUCCAGUGUACUGCAGCCCCCAUCAAUAAUCACAGGAGCUAAUGUCAAAGUCAGGGCAUAAUGUAGAUCCAUUUCGUUCAUCUUAUUUUGGUUGUAAGGAAUAGAGAGACUCACUCUAGGUAGCUAGGAGAGUUAUAAGAAAAUAAUACCAUGGAAUCUCAUGAAAGCUUCAUAGAAAUGGAAACCCAAAACACAUUAGGAACUGGGUUAUACUGUCCAUCUACCGCUCAGGGACAGCACAGCCUCUGUGGUGCCACUUCCUCCUAAGCAUCUGCAAGCUAAGCAGCUUCCUCUGUUCCAGUUUGCAUAUGGCCUUUCCUCUUAAUACAAUCACUAGCAACCUUUUUCUUUCUGAGAAAAAAAAAAAACUUCAUUCCUGUAGGAAAUAAAUUACUGACCCAUAUUAUCUUUUUCAGUCAGGAACACAAGUAAUGAGUCACUGAAAUGACAAGUGUGUGAAUCAGGGUUCACUCCUAGUUGACUACUACCCAAAGGGCUACCAGAUGACAUGGCCACUCAGGGAAGGAUGGAUCAUGUAAAGCAGGGUUCCCGACCUUAUCCGUCUGUGUCCUGUUAGCAACUGGGCCGCCCAGCAGGAGGUGAGCUUCCUCUUGAGGCACCAUUACCCUUAGCUCCUCCACCUGUCAGAUCAGUGGCAGCAAUUAGAUUCUCAUAAGAACAUGAACACUAUUGUGAACUGCGCAUGCCUGAUGAUCUGAGGCAGAGCAGUUUCCUUCCAGAACCAUCCCCACCCCAGCUUCUGGCUGUGGAAAAAUUGUCUUCCACAAAACCCAUCCCUAGGACCAAAAAGGUUGGGGACCCCUGGUAUAGGGGUAUUCUCAGUAGGACUGAGCAAGCUGGCAACCCUAAUUAUGUCUAUUAAGACACCCCAAGAAUGGCUCUGUGCUGGAAGUAUGGAUGCAUUUCCCAGGGCCAGCUUUCCCAAGGGGGUAAAGGGCAUGUCUUGUGAAAAGGACCUGGAUGCUACACAGGCAA